AUGGCUCAGCCACAAGGAAACUACGAGGUGCAGGUUGCUGCUGAUGAGAAUGAUGACGCUCAGUCGGACUUGGGGGCUAGCAUCGCUUCGUCCAGCACCAGUCUGCUUAGCUCCCUGCUAGACUAUCGCCGGGAGAAUGGCCGCACAUACCAUCGAUACAAGGAGGGCAAAUACAACUUGCCCAACGAUGAAAAAGAACUCGACAGAAUGGACAUGUAUCAUACAUUGUGCCUCCUGACCCUGGACGACAAACUUGGUCUCGCCCCUCAAUGUCAAGAAACUGCCAAAGUCGGUCGAGUCCUCGAUGUGGGCACAGGUACAGGUAUCUGGGCCAUUCAUUUCGGAGACGAGCAUCCCGAGGCCGACGUCUUGGGAAUCGAUCUUUCUCCGGUUCAACCGGGCCAAGUACCUCCCAACGUCAAGUUUGAGGUUGACGAUAUCGAAGACGAGUGGACGUUCUCGCAGCCUUUCGAGUAUAUCCAUAGUCGAUACAUGACUUCUGGCAUAAGCGACUGGGCCAAAUACUUUCGUAGAUGCUACGACAACCUCGAGCCUGGUGGCUACCUUGAAGUUCAAGAGACCGACAUCUACAGCAAAUCAGACGAUGAUAGUCUGAAGUCUGAACAUGCCCUGUUCAAGUGGGCCGACCUCCUCAUGGAAGCCUCAGUCAAGUUGGGGGCGGCUUGGGUCGACCCUCCCAAGCUCAAGGAUAUCAUGAUCGAGGCGGGAUUCGAAGACGUAUCUAUGAGCACAUACAAAUGGCCCUCUAACACAUGGCCCAAGGAGAGGAAGUUCAAGGAACUCGGCAUGUGGAGUCAUGAGAAUUUCAUGGAAGGUAUCGAGGGAGUGACCAUGGCCCCUUUCACGCGUGCCCUGAACUGGACCCCGGAGGAGGUCUCAGUUUUCCUCAUUGACGUCCGCAAGGAUGGAAAGGAUCGCAACAUCCACGCGUACUGGCCUCAGUAUGUUAUUAUGGGACGGAAGCCCGAGAAGAAGAAGAGUGCUCCCGCUCCGGCUUAG